CGGUUCCCGCCGCUAGUUCCACUUCGCCCGGCGGGAAUCGGCGCUGGGUCCUUCGGGAGAGGCUUCUGCGUCCCGCUCGGGGCAGGGGCUGUAACGUGGCAGUGCCUUCUUGGUUGGAUGUUCUCGAAACCAUAAAUUUUAAGGAAGUUCUAAUCUUGGAGCAGCUGCUAGAACAAGCUGGUGGCCGGAAGGUUGCCUUAAAUAAUUGAGGUAAAGGACAAGAGUUGUUCUCGGAUCGGGACCCACCAACCUUUGGCUGGGACAGCAUUCUAGAGAAUUUGGAAAUCGUGGCGUGGUUGGAGAAGCAGCUUUGUGCACCAAGGGCCAUUCGAUCAGGCAACGUUUAACUGGUCAGCGGUGAAAGUGUUGGCUCAGAGGGGAACAAGUAACCCAGAGACCUCUUAACUAUAAAUGCAAAGAAAUAAAAUAUUGUGAUCCAACCUUUACCUGCAAGUCGACUACGAGAAACAGUAGAAAAACAGCACAAGGCAGCCGCCGCCAACAAGUAUGGAGCAUGAGAAACCCUUGGCUCUCCCAUCAGAUACAAGUAACACUCCAGAAAACCACCAAACAACCCAUAUAUGCUCAGAAUGUGGGAAAACCUUUGCUUGUUGGUCCCUCCUUUUGACCCACAGGAAGAUCCACUUUCAAAGCGGAUCCAGUCAAGGUUUGGAGGCCGGACUAAAACCUUAUAAAUGCGAGGAAUGUGACUUAUGUUUUGAACGAAAACUAGAACUUCUUAAACAUCAGAAAAUCCACACUGGAGAGAAACCUUAUCAAUGUCUGGAAUGUGGGAAAUUUUUCCGUGCAAAAUCUACUCUGACAGAGCACAAGAGAAUCCACACAGGGGAGAAACCUUACAAGUGUUGGGAAUGUGGGAAGAGCUUUUCUCAGAACUCAACUCUUUGGCAACAUAACAAGAUUCAUUCAGGAAUAAAAUCUUACAAAUGCUUGGAAUGUGGGAAGUGUUUCACCCUGAGAACAUAUCUUCAGAGUCAUGCAAAAACGCACAGAGGGGAGAAAAAGAAAAAAACUUACAAAUGCUUUGUGUGUGGAAAUUGUUUCACCCAGAGUUCAGCUCUUCAGAGUCAUUGGAAAACACACAGAGGGGAGAAAAAUGUAAAGUGCCUUGAAUGUGGGAGAUACUUUUCCAGUAAAUCAACCCUGGCGCGACAUCAGAAAAUUCACACUGGAGACAGACCCUUUGAAUGCCCAGAAUGUGGGAGAAGAUUUAUGUAUUCUUUUGAACUUCGGAGACAUCAGAAAGGUCACAAAGGGGAGGAACCCUAUAAAUGUGGGGAGUGUGGGAAAGGUUUUCUUACACGAAAAGACAUGCGGAAUCAUGAGAGAAUCCACACCGGGGAAAAGCCGUACAACUGUUUGGAGUGUGGGAAAUGCUUUUCCCGAAAACACACCCUCAGAAUGCAUGAGAGGGUCCAUUCAGGCAUGAAGCCAUACAAUUGCAUAGAAUGUGGGAAAUCUUUUGCAUAUAAGGAAGUACUCUGGAGACAUCAGCAAAUUCACACCCGGGAAAAGCCAUAUCAAUGCAUCGAGUGUGGACAAUUUUUUCGUACCACAUCAAACCUUAGAAAUCAUAUAAAAAUUCACACCGGGGAAAAAAGUUAUAAAUGUUUAGAGUGUGGGAAAGCAUUUGCGCGGUCAUCUUACCUUACAAGUCACAGCCGAAUCCAUUCAGGAGAGAAGCCCUUUAAAUGCUCAGAGUGCGAUAAAUGUUUUUCUCAGAAAGAUACUCUUUUGAAGCAUCAGCGAAUGCACACUGGAGAAAAACCAUAUAAAUGAUCUGAUUGUGGGAAAUGUUUUGCCCAACCUUCAUCCCUUCGCAUGCACAAUCGAUAUCACACUGGAGAGUAGUCUCACAACUGUUUGUUGCAAAUCACAACUAAAAUGCAUCCGAAAGUCCAUAGCAGAGAUAAAUCUCUUCAGCUGUGAACAAUGCAGGGCCCUACUUUCUUCUGUUUAGAGGUCACCUUGCCAGGUACUUCACAUUGUGACAGAAGGGACCUGGAUUGCCAGCUCUGAACUGGGAUAGGAAAUCCUGUUUAGGGUUGUCAAAUAAAACUUAAGGUUUCAGUGAAGUUUUUUUUCCAUGUGAACUGUAUGAAAGUCCAUAAUCUUCUGGCCUGGGAUUUUUUUUUUAAAAAAAAGUUUUUAGUCUAUUGUCCAGCCUUAAUAAAAGAAAUUACACUAUCC